UGCAAUGUUUUGUGUUUGUCACUCACUUUCCUACGCUUGGAUUUAAGAAAGUAAGUGCACCACAAAAUGUGGUUAGUGAACGUCCCCACCCACAUGCUGUGGGAGCCAUGACGUAUGAGGCAGUUAUCAAAAUAUACUGUAGCAUGAAAGGGGAAUGCUUUAAAUCACACAGGUUAAAAAGGUCAAGUUGUUAAUCCUCCUGCAGGCAUGUUUUUUUUUAAUCAACAAUGUGUUCCUCAAGGCUCUCAUGGCUCCUCAAUAAGAUGCUUACGUUAGGAAGAAACAACAUAAUGUUAUAAAUUAAGUGCAUUAACUCUAUGCAUUCUAAACAGCCUUCUUUUAUCUUGUAUCACUGUUUAAAUGUUUUUGUAGUGACGAAGCACCAGCUGGGCCUUAUCAGAUUUCUGUGCCAGUCAGGAGAUGUCACACCUGUUCACGACAAUGAACCAAUCAGGUAUGACCUUUGUUGUUCCAAUAAGCACUCCCAGCCUUAAAUCCAAUCAGCUUUAUUAUUCAUAGACUUGUGUAUGCUGCACAUCCCCAGGUAGGUAUCUUUGGAUUAUUGCAUCUCUGUUUUGCAUAUGUUUUAUUGCAAUAUGUUCUAUUGCAAUAUGUUCUCUGCACGUGACAAAUGUACGUCUGUAAAGGAGACAAAGCACUGCCCUGCAGAGGAGCAGAAAUGUAAAAGUUCCUUGAAGCUGGUUUGCCAACAUUCUCUAAAUGCCUGGAGUACACACCCUACAGUUUGUGUAAUUGUUGUUAUAAGGUUACAAAUUAAGUCUCUGUAACCCAGGUGGGAUUUGAACCCACAAUCCCCAGCUCCGGAGGCUGAUGCCUUAUCCAUUAGGCCACUGGGCCAGCUGCAGCAUCAUUUUGUUCAGGUUCAGAACUGUGUAAAAGUAGAUUAUAUUUAGUUUACUAAGACUAUACAAAAUGCAUCAAUAUUUAAUAGAGAAGUACAUACUUAAUUUAGUAGAAUCAUACAGACAAAAAAAAAAAAAUCAGUCAAUUAGAAAUAUUUCAACUCAAUCUGUUAUAAAACAAUUCAGUCAAGUUCAGUUUUUUACACUUGUUCAUGCCUUUUGAUGAUGUAUUGUUUUAAACUAAACCUUAAGGAACUUAAGAUUCCAGUGUGGUUCCAUUAUACCUAAAUUGCUGCUGGUUUUCCUUGUUUUCAUCUCCUGACAUAUACCUUUGUACAACAAAAUUAUUUCUCUUCCUUGUACCCUCUCUGGGGUUUUUACUUCACAUCAGCACACUGUUCACUCACUUCUUUGCCCCAUCAGCACAGAUAACAGAGAUAAUGUUAUCUGUGCUGGUGGGUUAAUAAACAUAAACCAGAAUCAGACAACUUCUUGGAUUUGCUCCAGUUUUGUGUUUCUUGAUCCUCUUUUCUUUUUUUAAAGCAACAAAUGACAUCUAAGUUUUGUCACAAGUGCUCUUCAGAUGUUGUUGUUGGGACUUUCGGCAUUGUACCUAGCUCUAAUUUGAUAGAUUCUGGUAGUUUGCGGUUCUGUUUUACUCCCUGCGACGAUGCUGAUUGAUGAAAGACUCCACGAAACCACCCAACACAGCCCAGGGUCACUGCUGUUGGGGUGACCCCCAUGUUCACUAAUUCAACGUUACCCACAUGUCACUGACUCCUUGAUGGACUGCUCUGCUGCGUGACAGACGUCAGGAGAUUUUUCUCAAAGAGACGAGGGGUUUCAGGGAGUGGGAGGAGGAGAACAAGGGGAGGGGUGAUGCUCGCAUACCGUGAUCUACUCUGCGAUCACUCGGGGUAACUGACGUUCUUGAUUCAUCAUCCGACGACCUCAGCGUGGAUAUAUAAGCUGGGGGACGUUGCUGUUCAGAAAACAAAUCCAGACCUCAAGAAACUGACCUCAGUUCAUCACCAAAGAUCUUGUACAGCCGAGGUUAAUCAGCAGUGCCCUUCAGUCCCUCUCAGUGCCUUGACCGACUCCCCCACCCCCAGCAUGCUGCCUGGGAGAGACGCUGCUGUCCGGCAGUGCAUCCUGACGAGCCGCUGGCUGCCCGCGGCUCUGACGCUGCUCCUGCUGCUGUCCGCCAGCUUCAGCCGCGCUCAGAGCACCACGGUGGAGCACGACUUCCACAUCGUUCACAACGUAGACAACAGAAGUCCAGAGAUAGACCCGUUCUGGUACGUGGGCCGUGGAGUGCGACCCAUAGGGCGCUUUGGGAAGAGGCACAGCAGCAUGGACGCUCUUGGAAACAGUGGGAUGCAGCCUGUCCUAAGGACUUUGGAGCUGCUGCUCAACAGCCUCAGAAAAAAGGAAAACCUUGAAAAAGUAAUCAGUGGAGAGGAAAAUGUUUGGCUACCAUGAUGCCAUGUUCUUGCCUUCUGUCCACAAGCCUUUUUUUAUUCUCUCAACUGAAGUUGUACAUUCAUUUCUUUUAAUGUAAGCUAUGAGGUUAGUCAUACGUGCAUAAUUCAUUCACCAUGAAGUAUCUACACGUAAAAGAAUGCAAUGUAUAUUUAUCAAUAAAUAAGAAUGUUGUUAGGAUACCAGU